AGUUGACGAGCCUGAUUUGUUACAGGUGUCAGGAUUCCAUAGAAUUUGUUGGGCUAUCUGUUGGAUCCAACCAGUAUAUGGAAGGCUCAGACAACAGAAAAAUUUGCGAAUACUGCGGCACCAAACAGAGCGAGGAGGAUUACCCGGAACACUUGAUAUCUAUGCAUUCGGAAGAUUUGCUUCCUUUCCGCGAACGCGAUCCAUUUCUGUACGUCAUAAGCGACGACGACGAUGAAUACGAAGAAGAAAAACCUGUAAGGAAACCUAGACAGACAAAACUGUUGGAAAAAUUUAAAACCACAGAACCUGCGAAACAAGUUACGAAUGCAGAACCUGGGGAAAAAACUGAAAAGCCUAAUCUGGCGGAAAAUGCCAAAAAAACAGAAACCGCUAAAAAAACUAAAAAUUCAGAACCCGCGAAAAAACCGACGGAGAAAAAAAAGCGCCAAACUAAUAACGACAAAACAUGCACUCCUAAACCGCGUAAUAAAAAAGAAACCACACAAAAAAGAACUAGAAGACCCAGGAGUUCACAAGUCAGCAAGCAGCAAAUAUCAGAUGCAGUUUCCAUAGCGAUUAAAGACUUGCAAGAAAAUCAACGAGACAAGGAGCUUGCGCUAAGUGAAGUGAGCGAGGACCUCGAUGCGCCGCUCGAGAUCAACGGGCCCAGCAAACAUGUCGACAACAUCGAGAUAUUCAUGGAGAGCGUCGACAAACUAAAGGUCAAGAGGAAGAUACGGCCGCGCCGCUGCAAGUACUGCCCCCGGGUGUUCACCGCCUCGUCCAGUUACUCCUAUCACGUCAAGAAUUCGCACCAAUUUGAAGAAAUGGAAUGCGACUUGUGUAACAAAAAGUUCCGCAACAAGCAAGUUCUGACGCAGCACAUAACUGCCGUACACGAGGGCAAAAAGAAGUCCUUCGAGUGCAAGUACUGCCUGAAGACGUUCUGCACGCGAGCAAACCUAUACAGCCAUGAGCAGAUCCAUCUAGACACGAAGAAGUGGCCUUGCAGCGAAUGCAGCCGCUCGUUCCGCUGGCGCACGCAUCUGCUGCGUCACAUGAAGCGCCACUCGGAGGACCGGUUGCUGGUCUGCCAAACGUGCGGCCGCCGCUUCAAUGUGCUGGAUGAUCUGCGCCGUCAUCAGAACACACAUACCAUACACCACUACACCUGCUCGCACUGCGGCCAUCGCUUCUCACAGCUGAGGUACCUCAGGGUCCAUUUGAUGAAGAAACAUAAUGAACACAUCCCCGGAAAUUAAUUUAUCCAUUCUCAAUUUAUCAUUAAUUUUUAGACUGAUUAUUUU